AUGAACUUUCUACUACAGCUCGUUUCGCUGGCUCUGAUCGCCUCAUGUGGCCUUUCUGCAAAGCCAAUCGAUAGCUUUUAUCCCAAUCUGUCAAAUCCCUCUAGCAUUGUCAACCCGAAGUAUGAUCCCUUAAUGAAAGGCGGCAAGCGCGAGACCAGGAAUGGUACAUCCGAUGGCUCUUAUUCGUAUUGCUCCAUGCCGCAUCCUAACGUGGCCUUCUACGAAGAGCCUACUCCCAUUAAAAAUGGAAGCAUACACGCUAACCUGACAAAGCUUUUGUACAUCCAGCGGCAUCAGAAGCGCACAAUGUACCAUGUCUUUCCCAAUGGUGAGAAAGAAAUUUACUUUUGCAACGACAUUCGUCCGCACGUAUAUGUUGCUCCUUCAGCUGAUGGCGAAAUCCAACCGAUGCCAGUAUUUGCACAAACUUACGUCGACUUUCUUAAUCCCUUGUACCGCGCUUUUACCAAUUCCACGUGUCAAUUCCCCCAGAUCACUUUGGGUGGCUUCUUGGAUGGAGUGCAGCAUGGCAAAGAAUUGCGUGAGCUUUAUGGAGACAAGUAUCAUGUGAUUCCGGAUCAACCAGAUCCGCAUAGGGUGUGGAUGCGAUCCUCUACGGCUGCUCUUACUCAAGAUUCAGCUUCGGGCGUGCUUCGAGGUAUUUGGCCCGACGUUCAAGGUCCCCUUCCAUUGUUCCAACAAGCCGAUCAAGUUGACACACAUGAGCCUUCAUGCGACCGUGCAGACUCGCUUCUGAGUGCUGCCAAGAAGACCGACGUAUGGAAAAAACAUUUGAGUGUUACCAAGCAUUUGCGCAAAGAGCUGGAGGCCAUACUGCAGACGAAUGUUAGCGACUGGCAGUCUGACUGGGACCAUUACAAUGAUAAUUUCCAAGCCCGCCUGUGUAAUGGAUAUCAGCUCCCUUGUUCAAAUAAUGAUCCAACCAAAUGUGUCACAAAAGAUCAAGCUAGGAAGGUGUUUGCAGCUGGUGAUUGGGAAUAUAAUUAUUACUGGGUCGCUCGUGACAAUGUUACUGAGGCCAUCAGGCUGACGAGUGGACUCUAUAUCAAAGACCUUAUUGAACAGUUAAAGGAAAUGAACUCAGGAAAUUCAGACCUCCAAUAUGUUCACCACUUCAUGCAUGACGGAGACAUUGGUCCCCUAGCAGGUUCGUUAGGUAUCAAGUCCUUGCGUUGGCCUGGUAUGGCAUCCAACAUUGCUAUUGAACUUUGGACUGCGAACGAUGGGAAGAAUUAUGUUCGAGCGCUUUACAGUGGCCAUACAAUUCACUCUAGAUACGGAAACAUGGAGUGGAUGCCCUUUGAUGAUUUCAUUUCCUAUUGGAGCAAGUUUGUACCCGCAAAUUUCGUUUCGCAGUGCAAGAAGUCGCUUUAA